AUGUCGAAAACAACAACUCCACCGAGUGCUAAGAGGGAGAACACACAGGACCAGCCGGGUGUCGAGAUGUUGCCUGGGACAAACAACCCAUUGAAACAAAAAGCAAAAAAUGACCACACCGGACUCCUUAUAUCAGUCGGGAAUCACCAGCAAGGACCAUUAUGCGGCAGUUCAGAUCAUCGUAUUCCGUCGUUGAAGAAGACACGUUUGCCGCCCACCUGCUGCGAAUUCCUUCCCGACCCCGAGUUCCGAAAUUCAGCCAGUAUCCAAAUUGAUGUAGAACGAGUGCCCAGUAAUGAGAGUAUACGCAAUGAAAGACGAGGAAUGCAAAAAGGAAGUGAAGACCGCAAUAUGCAAGAUAUACUGUCAGCGCACUGA